AUGUCUAUUUUUAAAAACAUCAUCAAUCUAACCUCUGGUGCCAAAAACAAAAACCAAUAUUUACCAACCAAUCUCCUUUUCCAAGGAACCCAAAUAAACUUUGGAAUAAAUGCUGUUACAGAUGAAACUGAAAACGGUGUAGAGUGUGGUGGCACCAGUUUAGAUUUAAUCCAUAUAAACGCAAACCCUCCAUGUAAAACUAUACAGGAUGCAGGUAAUAGAGCAAGAGAUAUAAUAAAAAAUAACAUCAAUAUAAGUUUCAAUGUUACAUUUUUAAUUGUAAAUGAAGAUAAUAAUCAAAUGAUUAGGGAGAACUAUCACUUUGGUAGGUUAGAGAACAUAGAGGUUAUAAUAAUAUCUGUAGUGGAUAGUAAUUUGGCCAAAAACAAUAUAAAUCCAUUAAUAAUAGAUGGAAGUAAUUCAAGAAAAUCUUUUAUUGAAUUAGCAAACAAUAUAACGAACAAACCCAAAAUAUUUUUAGAGAAUAUAGAAUUUUCAAAUUGGAAUUGGUACAAUUUAUUUUAUGUAAACGUGUAUAUAAAUGGCUCAAUAAAUCUUUCAUAUGUAAAAUUUAACCGAUCCGAUACCAUUUUUUAUUACCAAAGAGAUCCAAUUGAACUUUUUCAACUUAAUUUUCACAACUGUGUUUUUGAAAACAUUGUAAACUUAACAUUCAUAGUAAAUUCAAAUAAUGCAGAAUUCAGAAAUACACUUUUUAAAAAUAACUCAAUCAUUGGACCAUAUCAAUGCUUUUUAUUUAUUCCCGAAACCAAUUUAAUAAUGGAUAAUAUAACCUUUGAAAAUAACUAUAUAGAUAUCGGAAGUCAGUUUAUAACCAUUUCAAACAGCUACAAUAUGUCAAAUACCUUUUUUAUAAAUAAUACGUUUUCAAAAGUAAUUUUAACGUCAACAUCCAAAGAAAAGCUUCUAUCCCAAUCUACAAUAUCGAACAUAACAUUCAUUGGCAACACCAUUCAACCUUUAAGAAACGAUACGAUAAGUGCCAGUGUCUUAUUUGAAUAUGUAAAGACUGAACCAUUUUCAUCAAUAACAUUUAACAAUUUAAAAAUAAUAAACCAAUACAAUAUAAGCACAAAACAGCCUUUUAUUUUAUUUGGUAUGGAAAAUACAAAUGGAACAAUUAAUUUAUUCAAUGUAGAAAUAGAAUAUUUAUUUAAAAGAAUUUUAAUUUUUUCCGAUGAUGUAAUUAUAAAUAUAAAAAAUAGUUUUUUCAAUACUUAUAUGGAAACUUUUUUUGGGGGCAACUAUACAAUAAUAAUAAACAAUAGUACAAUUAACAAUACCUAUAUUUUAACAAAUCAGGAGAAUCAAUUGAAUUCAAAAAUAAACAUUAAAGCAAUAAUAAUUUCAGUUGUUUUGUUUUCAUUUAUAACCUCACUAAUAACAAUAAUAAUAGUUAAAAAGAAAAAAAUAAUUAAAAUAAUAAAUAAAAAAAAUCAAAUAAAAAAAAGUAAAAGUACCGAGGAUUCAGAAAUUGAUAACGAGUUUGAAAAUAGAAGUAUAGCAAUAUGCGAUAAUAUUACGAUAAAAAGCGAAUCAGUUUCAAAAUUAAAAAUAGACGAUAGAGAAUCUGCAGCAAUAGAUUAAAACCAAAAAAAUAUUUAAUAAAACUAAAUAGUAAUAAAUU